AUGGUUGAUCUCGAGGAUGGUCCUGGUUCCCCCUUCAAGGGCAAGGUUAGUGACUUUAUUGAAAAUCACCAUUGGAAAUUGCCUAAUGUCAGAUCACCCUUAUUACAAAGAAUAUUUGAGAAGAUACGAGAUAUCAAAAUUCCUUUGCAUGCCUGUGAGGACAUGUGCUUAUGGAGUUUGUCUUCUGAUGGAAGUUUUAGCUCUAAAUCUGCCUGGGAGGACAUCAGGAGCACCAAUCCUAAAGUUCCAUGGGCUACUCUGAUCUGGAAUAAAAAAUUACAGCCAAGAGCAUCCAUUUUUGGGUGGAGGAUGGCGCAUGGAAAACUACCAACAGAUGAAUCCAUUCAGAAAAGGGGCAUUGCUUUGGUGUCAAGAUGCAGCUUGUGUGGCGUGGAGGUUGAGUCUAUGGAUCACAUUUUCCUUCAAUGCUCCUUCGCAGAGGGAUUAUGA